AUGUCUGGAGUACCAAGAUUUGAUUACUUCCAAACCGAGGAGAAUGUCACAUUGACCGUUCUCAAGAAAGGUGCCAAACUCGAAGAUUGUAAAGUAGCCUAUAGCGAACGUUACAUUACUGUUAUGGUUGAGGGAAAAAUAAUAUUCGAGGGAAAACUUCAAGGGGAUGUGGAUCAGUCACGAUUUGAAGUGAAUUGUACACCGGCCAAAGUCGAGGUGAAAAUGCCUAAGUUGGCUACCGGCCGUUGGGCAGCAUUAUUGGAAAAAGGAGGUUCUCAUCCAGCUGCAGCAUCUUUUGUUUCAAAAAAUUGGGAUGCAGUAGAGAAGCAAGUUGCCGAAGAUGAGGAGAAAGAAGAGUUAGAAGGCGAUGCUGCUGUAAAUCGUAUGUUCAAAAAAAUUUAUGAAGACGCCUCUGAUGAUGUUAAGAAAGCUAUGAUUAAGAGUUUCUCAGAAUCCAACGGAACUGUUUUAUCAACGAAUUGGGACGAAAUCAGAGAGAAAAAAGUGGAAGUGAAACCACCUGCAUGCAUGGAAUACAAAAAGUUUGAUAAUUAA